AUGGACCGAUCUCUAUCAACAUCCCAUCAUGAGGUCACAACGAACCUCAAGAUCUGGAGCUGUGUGACCUGCCGUCGACGCAAGAUCCGCUGUGACAGAAAAGAGCCAUGCAACAAUUGUAUAAAAAGUAAUAUUGAGUGCCAUUUCCCCGUGACAGGUCGUAUACCAAGACGAACUCGCGAUGGCAAGACUCCAGCUCAGAAACAAUCUGAAUUGCUCAGUCGUCUUCGUCGUCUCGAGUCAGUCGUCACUGAACUCGCGGCGCAGGUUGAGGAUGAAAAUGGGGCCAAGACUAUGGGUCAGAUAACAGUGGAUAAGGAGCCUACAGAGUCUUCUUGGGCUACGUCAUCUGGCAGUUUGGAUCAUCAGACUUCGGAGUUUGAUGAGGACUUUGGUAGGCUUAUUGUUGACAAGGACGGUACUCUUCACGUUGGAAACCGCUUUUGGACUGUAUUUUGCAGUGAGGUCGACAAUAUACUCCAAGCUGUACACGACGUUUCAGAUAUCUCGGAAACCUCAAGUAACUCAAUCAUGAAAGAGCCUACUGCUAAUGGGGCUCCGGCUCCUCUCAGCCAUCUUGGCUUUGUCUUUGGCAGCGCAGACUUUGCUAAAGCCUUAGAUGGGCUCAACCCCAUGCCCUCUCAGAUGCUCUUUAUAUGGCAGACAUAUGUCGAGAAUGUUGACCCUUUCAUCAAGGUCCUUCAUACUCCAACGAUUGAGAACAUUGUCAAACAAUUAAAAGGCAACUUUAGCUCUUGUGGUCACAGUGUGGAAGCCCUGUUGUUUGCGAUAUGCUUAGCGGCCAUUGCGUCCAUGGACGAAGAGACAGUCUCGUUCAACUUCAACUCAACCAAGGAGCAACUACUGCAGCGAUAUCAAUUCGGCACUGAACAGGCACUCGCUCGUGCCAAUUUCCUUACUACAAAAGACAUCACUGUCCUUCAAGCCCUGGUCAUAUACCUAUCGCUGCUACCAAACAUUGGGGCUCAAGAUAAGGUAUGGCCACUGACGGGUUUGCUCCUCAGGCUAGCAAAGUCAGUAGGCCUUCAUCGCGAGGGCGACCCAAAUCAGUAUAAUCAGCUUGAGAGGGAAGUAAGACGUAGGCUCUGGUGGCACAUCUGCUUCAUCGAUUCCAGUAGUCGACGGGUGGACGCUCAAGACCUCUCAAUCACCCCAGCAUCCUUCAGCACAGGUCUCCCAACAAACUCAAACGAUGUCGAUCUAGACAGCCCAACCACUCGGAUUCCAAAUCCCAAUCAAGGGUCAACAGGUGUGACACUCUGUCUCAUACGCUGUGAGCUGUGGUAUCUCACACAAGCCAUCCGCGCCGAUACAACCGACUCUCUAGAAACCCGUCUCGGCCUCUUCAACGCCCUGAGACAAAAGGUCGAGAAGACGUACUUUCAGCAUCUGCAGCCUAAUCAACAAUGGGACUCCUUCAUCAGGACGAUGACAAUUCUGUUCUUUGCCAAAGUUGAACUAGUCAUCCGACGACGAUCCAAAACUCUCCCUGCAGCAGAUGAGCUAUUGAACCCAUCUAUUACAGUUAUCAAAGCGGUCCAGUCUCUCAAGUCAGAGCCCGCGUGGGUAAAGUGGCGUUGGCAGUUACAAGGACAAAUGCCAUGGCAUGCAAUGGGUGUCUAUCUCCGUCAAGCAUCUCAACUCCCUUGGACACGAGAACUAGAAGAAGCAUGGGGUGCGACUACAGCUUUGAAAGAGGGAGUCACAGAAGAAAUGAAGACGGGGCCACUAUGGAAGUCUCUCAUGCAGCUGUUCUCGGAGGCUGAGCAACAUCGUGAAAAGGAGCUUAAGCGUCAAGGAACAAAUGCCCAACAUGCCCGAGAGAAGGGAGACCGCGUAAACUCUGAUGUCCAGCAAAUGCUCACCAACGCCGAGAACAUGUCAAACGAGAUCCCUGUUAAUCAUCCUCUAAUUGAUACCUCGACAUUUGACUCGUCUCUGCAUAUAUCUCCGCCAGCAGACAAUGGAGCUCUCUCCGUGGAACGUCUGUCAACGAGUCUAGGUACAGCGACUGAUGAUCUUCCUUCUUGGGUUGAAGCAGGAGGUGACAUGAACUUUGGUCAAUGCCAAACCUUCGGAAACUCGUCCUCUGAUGGAAUGGCUGAUGGGGUAGAUUGGGAGGCCUUGAUGGAUCUAGAUGAGACGUGGAACUGGGACUUCCUGUAG